AUGAACUCGAUGAACAUGGUGAAGCAGCCCCUGGAGCACAUCAAGAGACCAAUGAACGCGUUCAUGGUCUGGUCGCGAGGUCAGAGAAGACAGAUGGCACUGGAGAACCCAAAGAUGCACAACUCAGAGAUCAGCAAGAGACUCGGUGCCGAGUGGAAGCUGCUCUCCGAGUCUGAAAAGAGACCUUACAUAGACGAAGCCAAAAGACUACGCGCCCAACACAUGAGAGAGCAUCCAGAUUACAAAUACCGACCGAGACGCAAACCUAAAGGACUGGUAAGGAAGGACGCGCUGUUGUCUUUUCCGUAUGAAGCUAUCUCAGAUUUGGACAAACCGCGACCCCUUCAACGUUCUUUCGUGGAGCCGAGCCGCUCAGCUGUUACUACAGCUACCGCUGCUUUUCAACAUGAAAAACUUGCGUUGACCCCGGGCUCGUUGGCUUUCUCUCCAGCUUUUGGCUAUCAGAGCGGACACCGGUCCUUCGGGAGUCUGGGAUGCUCCGGUCAGUACGCGCACACUCAGCUGUCACCUGCAAACCCCGGAUACCUGCUGCCCUGUAACUGUUCUCCCUGGUCCUCUCCCAGUCUCACACCUCCAGUUGCCUAUUUAGUGUUUCCAGGUAUGAGUAAGAAUGCGAUCAGCUCCACAGCGCUGUGACUCAGCCAUUAAAAUGACAUUAGUAUUGCUGAAAGCUUUUCUGAAGGGAGAAACCGAUUUGUCUUUUCUCACCUUAUGUUUAGGUGCAACCUUAAUAAAUGCUGAUUCAGAUACGUUUAUCUAUUAUUUAUUAUAAUAAUAUUUUUAUUUAUUUGUUUGUAUAUAUGGGAUUUCACGUUUGUUUUCACAUAAAGCCAUUUGCUAUUAUUGUAAUAAUUAUAAAUAAUAUAAUUACUUGCUGCUCAGAGCCAAAGAUGAAUUUUAACACAAUCAAAUGCCAAACACUGAGUGAUGAUUUGAAUAGUCUGUAUAUUGACAUUUUAUCUUUACUUGAAAAUUUGAAGCCUAUAUAACUCGUUCAAAGACAUUUUUUUUACAUGCGAAAUUGCCGAAAACAACAAAAACACUUAUUUUAAAUAUAUGUUACUACUGACCUACUGAUUUGUAAAAAAGUGUCCAGUAUCUGUAUUUUUUUAGCAUUAACUACAGCAUGCGCAUUUCAAAUAAACCCUUUGUUUAUUCAAAGUAAAUUGUCCACUUAUGUGCUAAGUAUUUGACCUUUAAUUAUUGCUAGGUAUUGAUAUUAAUUUUAUGAUUCAUCCAGAGGCUGUUGUAUGAAACAUCAUGUGACAGCAUUCAGAAGCUGUGACUGCAAUCCUUAAGGCAAAAUGCAUUGUAUUA